AAUCCUUUAUUAUCUCUUUCCAAGUCUUAUCUCCUUUCCUGGGGCCUGGUUAGCUUUCUUAUAGUUCAGAUUCUUCAUUAUCUCCUUCCUGGGGCGAGGCAGCUUUUUGGAAAGCCUUUUAGUCUGGUCUCGGUCUUAGUAGGGGAAAUACAGGAGGCCAGGCCAGCCACCAGGAAGAUUGAAGAUUGAAUUGAAUUUUGCCCCUUGGUUCUGAGAGCUUGAGCUCCUGCCACCAGUCCUUUGUCUUCUCUGCCUCUGCCUGACUCGAGUUACACCAUCUACAAUAGUGUCUAUGCUAUAACUUGGACCCUCCAUGAAAUGUUCUCGGUGAAAUCAGAAAUCAGAAAAAUGAAUCCAUGUUAGAAGGAAUAAUGACAACUAAUAUUAUUUUAAAAUUGUUUUCCAUUGCCAGAAAAUGGAAUUUAAUGAGGGAGCACAUGGGCUCCUUUGGAAGAAUAUUUGAGUUGGAUAUCGUUCAACCAAGAAAUGUUUAUUAAUUAACUAACAAACAAAUACAAAGAAAGGCAAAAGAUAUUCUCUGAUCUCAAAUGGUUUAGUCCAAUGAGGAGCAUAACAUACAAACAACUAUAUUUUACAUAUAUAUCAUAAAUAUACAUGCAUACACACACACACACACACACACACACACAAGCCUUCACAGCUGUGAAUCAUAGAAUCAUAACACACUUGAAGGAAUUGCAAAGCAGCCUUUACUGUUGCAGAUGUUGCUUGUGAAUUGGGAAUGAAAUAAAUCAAAGGUAAGGGAGAAGAGGAGAAAGAUCAAAGAAUGCAAUGGCCUCCCAAUCUCCUUGCAUCCCUUUCACAUGAAGGGAUCUAUUCUGAUGGUCAGAAUUAGAUCCCCAGCAGCCACUAGAGGGUUACUCCCAUAACAAUAAAGCAUAAAUUUGAAAUAAUUUACAGAGAGAAUGCAUUAGAAUUCCUGGUGACUGUGAAGUGCCUCCUGUGGAAGGUGGAGUUUUAGCUGAGACUAGAAAGAAGCCAGGAAAUCCAGAAUAGAUAAGAAAAGAAAACAUUCCAGCAUAAGGAACAGCUAGGAUACUUGAAACUGAAAGAAGAAAUGCUUUCUUUGAGGAACAGAAGUUUUAUAGUAUCCUACACUGGAAUCACUGGAUUCCAGAAUAGAAGGUGAUUAUAGAGGGUAUUUUAGUAAAAAGCUGAGGAUUUUGUACUUGGUGCCAAAAGAAUAUAAUCACUGGAAUUUUGUUUAAUUGAAAAAAAAAAAAAUAAAGGCAGGGUAGUAAUCAUGAUAUCAACAAAACAAAAGUAAAAGCAGACUUAAUUAAAAGAUAAUCAUGGAAACUACAUUUUGCUAAAAGGUAUCAGUGGCAAUUAAAUAACAUAAAAAUGUAUAGCAAGUUUCUCUGAUGAAGACCUCACUUCUUAAAUAUGUAAGAAUCUCAGUCAAAUCUUUAAAAAUAAAAGCCAUUCACUAAUAGAUAAGUGGUCAAAGACACUUUUUAACAGGCAAUUUUCAGAAAAACUCAAAGCUAUCUACAGUCAUACGAAAACAUUUCUAAAUCACUUGAUUAGAAGAAUUUUAAAAAACUCUGAAGAAACACUUCAUAACUAUCAGAAAAGACAAAUAUUAAAGGAAAUAAGGGGGAAAUGUUAGAGUAAUAAACUUUUGGUGGAAUUGUGAACUGAUCCAACCAUUCAAAAGAACAGUUUGGAACUAUGUCCAAAAGGCUAUAAAUUUGUGCAUCUUCUUUGACCCAGCAAAACUAUUACUUGGGAAAAAUUCACAGUCAUUAUCAGUCAAAAGGUGUCCUUUAUCGAUGUGAAAAGGCUCAUUGGCAAAAUCAAAAUGAUUAUAGCAAAGGGAUCAGAUGAAGGGGGCUUGUUAAAGGGGAGAGGGAAUAGGAAGUAAGGGGAGGAUCUAGAAAGUUAGAGAGGAGUUAGAGAGGGUCCUAGUGGAAAACAAGCUCAAAUGCAUGUUAUAUUAUGUCUAUUGGAGCAACUGCAUGAAGAGACAGUAGAGUAUGCCUUAGAUAUGCUAACAAGACAGUCCUAGGAAACUGAUCUCCUUUUGUGUGUGCGAUAAGGUUGAAAAUGGCAACUGAAUGUGCUUAUUUAAAAUUCACAUUAUUCUUUGGCAAUGGAGAACAGAUGGACUGAUUAAAGCUUACAUGAUUCUUGCUCCUCUUUUAAUUAUUAAAGAAAUAUUUUUUGGGAAUGGAGACAUCCCUAAAAAGGAGAUGGUCAUUAGCAGCCAAUCUAGAGAUAACAAGUGUUCUAGAAACUGGAAGUGGAAUACUGUGAGAUGGAAGUUUUACAGGAACCAGGGAGGAACUCAGGCCAACAUUUGGUAACACUGUAGGAUAACCAACACUGAAGUAUUGGUUAUCCAGGCACAACAGUGGAUACAAGUACAGGUAAGCUCUGUCUGUACCUAUUAAUGUCAGAACAAGGUAAUUCUACAGGGUCUUAAUCCUCACUGGACCCCACUCAAACAAUGGGUACUACUUUGCUAGAGUCCAUUUACUCUAUCAUAUAUACAUACAUAUAUUUAUACACACACACACACACAUAUAUAUACAUUCAUACAUACAUAUAUAUCUUUACAUGAAACUCAGUUUACAUCAUAAUCAAACUUGAAAAUUUCCAUCUAUAUUUGAUGCAGGGAUUAUUUGUAUCACAUUCACUCAAUAGGAAUUCCACAAAACAGCUCUUGAACAGGAUUAAUGUCAAAUUUGUGAGUAAAUAGUUCCAAGAAUCCUUGGUAAGUUUACAAAGGAGAUGUUACAAGAUCUUUUCUUUGUAUCUUUUCCUACACAGUAAUCAAUUAUUGAAUUGUCUUUUAAAAAUAUUUAUGUAAAUACUUACAGGUUUUAACAUUAUAAUAAUAACUUCAAAGAACUUAUUUAACAAUCUCAUAAUUUUCAUAAAUGAUUGUCAAAUAAUUUCAGGUGGAACCUCCACUGGAAGUUUCAAUUUUUCAAAAUAUUACAGCACAUAGUCAUCAGGGCUGAUAAAAUAACAGUUUACAGACUUUUUAAAAAUCUGCUUUAACAGAGUCGUUUUUACUUUAACAACAGCUAGUUUAGAAGAGAAAUUGCUUUUCUAAUAGCCUCUGAUACAGUUAUUUAACAAAUGUCACAAUAUAAGAAAAUUUAGAAAUAUAGCAAUAUCCUAAAGAAUUUUAUGUAUUUGAAACUUAAAACGAAACUCAUUACAAAUCAAUUGACCUCAGUUCACUUGAAUGAGUGUCCAAAAUAUCUUAUGCAGAAAAUCAUUCAUCUCAUCACCAUUGGUAUUAUAUACCGAUUACAUCUAAAAACCCAAUAAAGUUAUCAAGUAUGAUGCAAUUACAUCUAAUUAAAAAAUAAUAAAAACAAUAAACAUUAACAUAGCACUUGCUUUACACCAGGCACUGUGUGAAAUUCUUUACAAUCAUGUGAUGCCCACAACUAACUUGAGAGGUGGGUGCUAUCACCCUUCCCUUACAGAAUAGAAACAGAGAUAAACCUUAUGGUUACUUGUUUGGGUUCAUACAGCUAAUACUGCCAAAUAGCAAAUGUCUUUUACAUUAGAUUCUGAUUUGCCAUAAAUUCUGAUAGGAGAAUAUACUCAGACCACAUUUUGAUUUCCUUCAGGACAGAUUUCAGACCAAAUCAAAUCCAGAUUUAUAAUUGCUAAAAGUAACAUUUAAACCUUCAAGAAAAUGUUAACUUUGAAAGGAGUAAGUAUAUAUAUAUAUAUAUACACACAGAUAUGGACAUAUGUUUUAUUUUUUUAAAAUACAUGUGGCAAUAAUUCCCUUUCCAAAUAACAUUUUCUACUACUUCCUUAAAGAGCUAGAUCAAUUCUUAACCCCCCUUCACUAUUUCCAGCUAAUCUACUGCUCAAAAUUUUAAAUGUGAUAGUAUGUUAGAGAUUUUGAUUAUCAUAUUUAGCAGCAUGUUGCUCAUCAAAUUUCCCCUAACAUUAUAGAGUUGAGUUUAGUGAAUUGGCUUUGAGAUAAAAUUUAAAAAUUUUAUUCUUAAUAUUUCUACUUAUACAUGAGUCGAACUUACCCAUCUGAAGGUGACACAUAAGUACUUAGCUACCCCGAAUUCCAAUUUGCCUACCCUUGCCCCGUCAUUGCUCAAACCCUAGUGGGGUUGGAGUAGACAGUGCUGAUGAGGUUGGGAUAGCAAUAAACAUGUUCAAAAUAAAGAUGUGACAAAUUCACGAAGUCCAUUCUCUUUGGCAAAAGGCAGGCUUAUUUAGUGGAACAGGUUAUAGACAAAACGAAGGGAUAUAAUAGACACCAAGAAUGGCAAAUAUGAAAUAAAGUUAAUAAGGAAAAAUACAAGUUCUCCAGGCUAUUCACAAUUAACCAGGAGUAAGGAAAUACACCAUGAGGUGGGAAUAAGCCACUGACAGGCAGCUUAAACUAACCAGCGUUAGCUAGAGUAAGGAGAAAGGAGCCACUAAGAGGAUGGUACUAAUGAUGGAGAGAGCCUCCUGUUAGUGGUUUAGUGCUGAAAAGAAUUUAGCAAAGAUCUUCAGCAUAAGCAGAUCUUUUAUAGGGGAAACAUAGCCUUGGGGGUUUCUCAGGUGUAAAGGCGCAAACUCAAGAGGGAAGAGUCAAAGAGCCAGGUAACAGACCAGAUCCCAGACUUGCCAAAGGAUAUGUUCAUCAAUAUCUUAAAAGGUUGUUUAAAGAUACCGGGAGGUCAGAAAAUGGACAAUAGGGAUUGAUAAAGAGUUCCUUCCUCACAGUCACUCUAUACUGAAAAGAAUAGUCUGAAAAUAGAAUUAUCUGAUAAUAGCUUAUUUCUAGCAGGGAAAGAAAGUCACAUCAGUGCUGAGACUGUGGGAUGUGACUAGUUAGCUCCCUCAGCUCCAUCUUGGAGUUUUCUAAAUUUCUCCUUUGUUCCUUUUCUUCCUUUCUUUUUUUUUUUUUUUUUUUUGAAAGUUUGCCUAAGAUAAUGAGGAGUAAUAGUUGUUUGAAAGCAUCUCUCAUGUGGUUGGUGUAGACAGCAGCCGGUGGUAGGCCCCAAAUGGGGUUUGGCCAUGCGAAGAAUUCACAAUGGCCAUUAUCUUUGGCAAAAGGUAGUUUUAUUUAGGAGAAGAGGCUACAGACAAAAUGGAAGGGAUACCAUGGACACCAGGAAUGAGACUUAGCCCCCAAAAGAGUUUGUUAGCUAUAAAGAGUAGUCAGGUCAGUAGCCUAAUGGGACUAGGGGAGAUGCCACGUGGUGUGGGGAAGCAAUAAGGGAAAAAACACUGGAGCCUGUGGUCAAGUGACCCAAAGGACAGAAGCAAAAACAAAACAAAACAAACCAAUCCUGAUUGACUCUAUCUGGGGAAUUGUGUGCUCUUAAAACUUUCGCUUAAGUGUGAGACUUUAUAUUUGCUCCCUUUAGAUUUCAGCUUUCCAGGGCCACAGAGCCCAGAUUCUUGCAUUUCGCCACAAACGGCAGGCGACGGUGCAUCCCCGAUCUCCCGAAGUUUGACACGUUUCCCAGAAGGGAAAUGAGCGGUAACCCGAGAUGCUGAGGACAAGAGGUGGGCGCCCGCUAAUCCCGGGCCGCCCGAGGCCCUUUCCCAGGCUGAAGCCGGCGGCUCCUCAAGAACCAAACCCUGGGUUAACGUUCUUCCGGCUCGGGGCUGUGCGUGCUCGUCAUUGAGCCGCAGCGUUUCGAGCUUUAGGCGGCUGUACGGCCCGCCUUUUUCCAGUCCAUUUUUGCCUUCCUGUACGGUCAGCGAUUACUGAACUGCGGGAACGGCCCGAAGCCCCUCCGGGGCCCCGGGGAAGUCCCCCGACAGCCGAGGGCCCCGCAGCCCCGCCCCCCGGCGGUUCGCUCUUCGUCUCCCUCCGGACUCACUUCCGAAGCCAUUACAAGCCCGUGUUUCUCUUUCUCGCUUUCGUUUUCCUUUCACACUUUCCAGGGUAAUGGUCCAGCUCUCCCGCUUCUAGGACGGUGAGCCCUCCCCUCGCCCCUCGCAGCUGACCACCUGCAUGGCUUCGGGGAUCGCCGUGCGCGCCCGGCCCGGCCCGGCCCGCAGGCCGCCUCCGCCCGCCCUUCUCAGCCGGGCCGCACACCGGCCAGUGUCCGCACUCUCGGCCACGGAGAGUUUAAAGAGAGCCGGCGUUCCUCCGGGCUGCAGGGGGCUCGCUCCAGGUCUCCUCCCUGAUGGCAAGAGUCAUUCAUUUCCAGAGCAAAGGUCACUGCAUACAGUAAUCAGUGCCUCAGCCUCAGCGUCGCCUUUCUCCACCUCCAUUCCCAGCAAAUGGGUCCCAGCUCCAGGACACUGGCUAGGGGGUGGGGGAAGGCGGGGGAGGAGGCCCCGCCUCCUAGGCUCCUCCCAAUAUUACGUCAUGCAGGGGAGCCGAGGGGGAUGGCCCGCUAUACGUCACUUCCCGCCCCCCAGGGCUGCGUCACUCGCGCGCGUCUCGCGCGUUCUAUAGGUGCCUCUUACUCCGCCGGCUCGGGCGCGCGCUUGGGCCGCCUCGGUUCCGUUUGGCGCCCAGUUGCCGUCACCAGGCUCCGCCUUUCCCCGGGAAGAAGGAGACCGGAGGAGCCCGGGAUGGCACCUGUGCUCCUGCCAGCCCGCGCCUACCAGGAGUCGGUGACCUUCAAGGACGUGGCCAUCGACUUCACCCAGGAUGAAUGGGGGCGCCUGGACUCCUCCCAGAAGGAGCUGUACAGGGAGGUGAUGCUGGAGAACUACAGCAACCUGGUGUGCCUGGGGCUCGCAGCCUCCAGACCGGACCUGAUCUCCCAGCUGAAGCAAGGAGAAGCACCUUGGAUGGCGAGGAGAGACCUGGAGGCAGGCACGUGGCCAGAUUGUGAGACUGGGACUGAAACCAAGGGAUCAGCCAGAAAGCUGGGUAUUUCUUUAAGAGAAUCAUCCCCAGAAGGAAUCACAAAGCAUUUUUCCUGUGUCUCCAAGUGUGAAGGAGUUUGGCAGUGUUCUUCCGGUGUAGGGAAGCAAGAGAGCAAUAAGGAAAAAUAUGCAAAGCCAAUAAAAACCUCUAGGAGCAAAACUUCCAGUAAUAUGAGUGGUCCCAAAGGUUACAAAUGUGAUAGAAGCUUAAGUCCAUCAUCCAUCCCUUUUCAACACCAAAGAGUUUCUCUGGGAGAAUGCUCUCAUCAGUGUGAAACUCAAAGAAAGUUCUUCAGAAUGUGUUCCGAUCCAAAUAAUUGUAAUAAAAUUUACUCAAGGAAGACAUUUUGGAAACCUGAUAAAUGUGAGAAAUUCUUCAGUCACAAUUCUGACCUUAAUGAGGCCAGUAGGAAACGCGCUGAGGAGGAGGAGUAUGAAUAUAAAGAAUGUGAAAGAGUUUUCACCCAGAGCUCAUCCCUUUCUGUACCUCCAGCAAUCCAUAUGAAAGAGAAAAUUCAUAAACAUAAUGAAUAUAUUUUGGGACUUGCUGAACACCAGAAAAUUCAUGCUGGAAAGAAAACUUAUGAAUGUAAUAAAUAUGGGAAAACUUUCCAUCAGGGAACAGAACAUACACAAAAUCAGAGAAUUCAUUCUGAAGGGACAUUUUAUGAAUGUGUUGAAUGUGGGAAGGUCUUCGCUUGGAAUUCAAGACUUGCUUUGCAUCGACGAAUUCAUACUGGAGAAAAACCCCAUGAAUGCAGUGAAUGUGGGAAAGCCUUCAACCAGAGAAUUCACCUUACUCAGCAUCAGAAAAUUCAUACUGGAGAAAAACCUUAUGAAUGUAAUGAAUGUGGGAAGAAGUUCAACCAGAAAAUACACCUUAUUCUGCAUCAAAGAAUUCAUACAGGAGAGAAACCUUAUGAAUGUAAUGAAUGUGGGAAGGCCUUUAGAAGGGGAGAACAACUUACUCGACAUCUGGUAAUUCAUACUGGAGAAAAACCUUUUGAAUGUAAUGAAUGUGGGAAGGCCUUUUGCCAUAGAAUACAACUUGCUCAACAUCAGAGAAUUCAUACUGGAGAAAAACCAUAUGAAUGUAAUGAAUGUGGAAGAGACUUCAGUCGGAGUACAUACCUCACGGAACAUCAGAGAAUUCAUACUGGAGAAAGACCUUUUGAAUGCAGUGAAUGUCCAAAAGCCUUCCGCUGCAAAAGGCUACUUACUCAGCAUCAAAGAAUUCAUACUAGAGAAAAACCUUAUGAAUGCAGUGAAUGUGGGAAGACCUUCUGCCAGAAAUCAGGACUUAAUCAACAUCAGAAAAUUCAUAUUGGAGAGAAAAAUCUUAUGAAUUUAAUGAAAAUGGGAAGUUCUUAAGUCAGAGCAUCAGAGAAUUAAUGCCAGGAAAAAAAAAAAAACCCUUAUCAGUGCAAUGAAUAUGGCAAGGCCUUUGGCCAGAUAAUAAUCCUUAUUCAGCAUUAUAGAAUUCUUACUGGUGAAAAAUGUUAGACAUGUAUUGAACAUGUGGAGGUCUUUAACCAGAGAAUUCACCUUAUUUUACAUCAUUGAAUUCAUACUGGGGGGAAAAACCCAACAUGCUAAGUUAAGGUUAGUAUGUUAGGAAGAUUAAGUCAGUCAGAAUUCAGAAUAAGAAAAUUCUAGAGUUGGAAGGGACCUCAGAAGCCAUCUCAUCCAACCUAUAUCUAAAACAAGUCACUGCUAUGAUGUUCCUGACAUGUGAUGUCUCGUUUCUUUAAUAAUUUCCAAUUAUGGGGAAACUUGUGUCCUAUUAUGGCUUACCAAGCCACUUUUGGACAAUUCUCAUUGUAAGAUCAACUUUUCCUGGAAUCAAGCUAAAUUCUCAUCCUUAUGAAAUUAACCCAUUGCUUUUGAGUCAGUCCUUGCAUGCCAGAACAAGUAAUCAACUAUCUACGAUACAUUCUUCAAAUCCAGAACUUUUUCCAAGCUAAUUAUCCUAAAUCAUUUUAAGCCUUCUGCAUAUAAUAUUGGCUAAAGUUUCUUCACCUUCAGGAUUUUACCUCUUCUGGAUGCUUUCUAUCUUAACAGUGUCCUUCUGAAGCUAUUACACUGAGUUCUGAAUUGAUUAUUCUACAUGUGAUUCAACUGGGACUUGAGUACAGGACUACUAAUUUCUUGUAUCUCUGAGCUUUUACUCUUAAUGUGACUCAAGAUAAGCUUUUACAACUUCUAAAUCACACUGCUGACCCAUUUUAAGCUUAUAGUCUAUUUAAAUUCUGAGACCUUUUUUUCCCCCAUAAACUGCUGGUCAAUCAUGUCUUCUCAUUUUGUUUUGAGAAAUAGAUUUUUUUUUUUUUUUAGUCCAAGCAUAAGACUUUGCAUUUACUUCAUUUUAAUUACAUUUUAGUAAAUAUAACCCAAAGGUCUAUCCAUGGCAGCCCUUUUUGGUUCUCGACUCUGCUAUCCCAUAUUUUAGCUUUCCCUUCUUGCUUUGUUUCAUUUACAGAUUUGAUGAGAUAUGUCAUUCAUCAAAUCUGCUCAUUGAAAAUUGAGCAAUGAUAACUUUCAAAGCAAAAUAGUAGCUUCAAAUUACUGAAAUUAAGCACCUCAUACGAUUUAAUUCAAAUUUAAUAGGCCUUUACAUUUUAAAUCUGCUGUUGAUUGAAAACAAUAUUCUACAUGCAAGUGAUAAUAAACUAAUAAAGCAUUAGGAAAUACUGAAACUUUUAUGACCUGAAAACAUAAGCCUCUUAGAACUCUCUUUGAAUUUUUGUGAUUCACAAUAUCUGUCUCAAUCUGGAAAUCCUUGAAGCUUUAUAAUACUCAUAUGAUCUCAUGUCACAUAUAUCUUGACUUCUUUUCUCUUUCCAUUAGAUAAAUAAUCCUUUCUUAAUUUGUAGUUUUGGUGCAAAUCCUGUUAAAUAAGGGUUUUUUUGGGUUUUUUUUAGCAUUUUAAGUAUUUCCACAAGACCUACUUAAAGUGACUAUGUGAAAGAUAGAAGAACUUAACUCUCCCACAUAUACUGCAGCAGUGAUUUUUAAAUGGCACCAAAUAGAAUGAUUGGAAAAUUCAGUAAGAAAUAGCUGCAAUAUCAUCCUCCUUCAUUAAGCCUGUAUUAAAAUGUGGCUGGAAGACUAGGAGUGAUGACGGAGAAGUUAAAUGGGAAAGUCAACAUGAUCUCCUCUACCAGUGCUUGAAGCUUGUGGCUCCCCUGUGAGGACACAUCAGAAGGAGAGUAAGUCAUUUUAGGGAUCUCUAAUAACUAGAGGCCUGAAGCCAGCAGUAUAUCAGUCCCACAUAUCAGAGCAGAAGCAAUGGGGAAAAAACUGACACCAUAUAUAACUACGCAGGAAAAAUGGCUUGCUGUGCACUCCUCAAAGCAUUGGAAGCCACUGACAUAAGAACAGCUCAGACAAAUAUUUUGAAAGAUUAGCUUAGAACAGAAAGUGGAAAAUUACAAUUGAAGUGGAAGAAAUAGCUCAAUCAACACAUGAGAGGACAAGAUAUAUUAAAGGCUAAAGACUGAAAAAAAUGUAAAGUACUUAUAAUCAGAAACAACUGACAUGGAAAAUAGGUCAAGAUGAGAGAAUUUUAAGAAUCAUCCAGUUUCCUGAAGACCAUGACGAAACUAUUUGCAGAAAUCAUAAAAGAAAACUGCUUGGAUUUGUGUAUCAGAGGCAAGUAUGAAGUGAAACUAUGUUAUCAUUAAAUAUUGAACUAUGAGAUUCCAAAAGAUAAAAAUUUACAAUUAUAGGUAAUUCACUGAAAAACAGCAUUAUUCCUCAAGGAAAGACAUCAGUUGUUAAUAGAAUAGAAGGUAUCUAGAAUUAAGACAAAUUUUAGAAAGAUAAAUACACUUGAACAGUUGGAGUAACUGAAUGGAGAUGAAGUGCUGACAUUCAAAUUGAGAGAUGAGAGAAUGAUCAAAAACAUUCAAGGGUCACAGAUAAGAAAGACAAAAACAGGGCAAAGUGGGAUUGACAUUGGGUUUUGGGUUUUGUUUUGUUAGUUUUAAGAGAUGAAAGGAAAAGAAAUUGAGGAGAAAUAAGGAAGAGAAGAAUAUAUAAAUAUAUAUAUAUACAUAUAUUUAUAUACACACACACACAU